AUGAGUGGAGGAUCAUCUCCGAAUUUAAUAACGAUAUCUCUGCAUGAAUAUAAUGAGACUUUGAGAAUUAUAGGGUUGAUGAAAGUCCCCAAUUUGAAGGAUUUAGCAAGAGCUUUGGGCUUGAUUGUUGGAGGUAAGAAAUCGGACUUGUUCGACAGAAUCUUCACAGAAUUGGAAAGGGCAAGAACGAAUCAUGAUUUCAUUGCAAUUGCGGUUGUUCGAAUAUUAAUUUUGAAGAUAUUGCAAAAUAGUCCCCUACCAAGAUAUAGCGCCUUGCACGGUGCUUUGACCGCAGGAGUCUUCUCAUAUUCUCCUGUGGAAACCACUGUGCCAGAAUCAUUGAUACCUCGUGGUGUUUCUAUUUUCAAAUCACCAGUACCUUGGCUGAAUUCUAACGCUAACAGCACGAGCCAAAACACAAGUUCCACUGUAAGAACACAUGGGAAUGGAGCGGUACGACCAAGCGCAGCUGUAAUACGUCAAGAAACGGCAUCUUACAAGGGCCAUGUGCUUUACUUCAGGGAAAGUCCGUUUUAUAGAUUGAAAAGAAUGAUUCAUGGAGCACCUCAGGUUGCUCCGCCUUGCUCAAGUCGAGGUACCUCCUCGCAUAAAUUCAUAUUGAAUGACAUAGAAACUAAUUUACUAUUUGGUGAUGGCUCUGGCCCGGGACCAGAAAACGUUGAUUGCCUCAUACUAUGUGGAAUAGCUAAUCCAAGAACGGCUUCUACAUCGUCUGCGUACAUACAAUUUCCGCAUCCUGUAGAGCUACGUGUUAAUGGAACUUUGGUUAAAGAUGGGGUAAAGGGUAUUAAGAAUAAACUUGGUACAGCAACUCCAGCAAAGAUCACUAAUUUAAUUAAGAAGAGCCCUCAGCUAAAUCAGAUUGAAAUGGUAUAUCUUGAUACCAAAGAAUCUUACUUGUUUUACUGUUACAUUGUAGAAAAUGUGUCCUCAAGUGAGAUUCUUGAUCGGGUGUUAUCGAAUAGACACAUACACUACAAUGCAACAACAAGUCAAAUUCAAAAAGAGUAUGCUGGAGUAGAUGGUGAUGAUGACGAUGACGACGAUAUAAUAGUGGCUACACACUCUAUUUCUUUAAGGGAUCCAGUGACUAGAGCCAGAAUGAAUUACCCAUGCAAAUCAAUUUUUUGUGAACAUAUUCAAUGUUUUGAUGCAUUGGCGUAUAUACAGCUUCAAUCUCAAGUUCCAACAUGGCAAUGUCCAAUAUGCAAUAAGGAUGUGAAUGUCAACGAUUUAGCAAUUUCUGAUUAUUAUCAUGAAAUUUUGAGAAUGACUGACUCAGAAGUUGACAAUGUAUCUUUACUAACUGAUGGAAGUUGGGAAGUUAUUAAGGAGCCUGAAAGAAAUGAAGAUCAACACAGGGAUCAGCGUCAGGCCAACGGUGUCUCGGUUGCUCUGGAUAGGACUCUGAAGUCGAAGGAGCCAGAAAUAGAGAUUAUAUCUCUAGAUAGUGAAUCUGAAGAUGAAGGUGAUGUAGACUCGAAUGAACGGGAAGCUCAACAAGAUACUAUAAGACAAGAACAAGAACAACGUGAGCAGGAGGUGCAGCAGGAACUGCAAUACACUAAAGUGGUAAACAAUAAUCAAACAGAUAAUGGAACUACGGAACCUCUAUUUUCAGCAAAUACUCCGCUUGGUUUAACAUGGAGUGCAAAUGGACUGAACUCAUUACCCCAUAUUUCAAAUAACAUCGCUACACAAAUUGGAGACUUACAACAUGAUUCCACAUUUCCUCUUACUUCAAAUCAGCAUGUCCCAGACAUCUAUAAUUUUAGGCAACAGUAUGCAAGACGGUUAAUUUCGGAAAGACAAUAUCAGGAACAACUUGAAUUAGAAAGAUCAAGACAAGAGGCUGCAAUUCAGUUGGCUCGUUUGCGUACUGACAGGAAUUUAUAUUUUGGACAACUUAAUAACCUUCAACAAAAGCUGUUUAAUCAACUUUCUGAGCAAUCGAAGGAAGAUUAUUCCGAGAAACAAACUGGAAUAAGAACUCAGCAUGAGCUGCAGAAAGAAUCUGCUCGCAGUAUAGCAUUACAACAACACCAAGCUUCUGAACAAGGAAGAUCUUACUCUUUAGAGAACAUUUAUAAUUCAACAAACCAUCUGCUGAUUAGAAGCACACAGAAUCUUGAUCAAGCAAACAUCCAGACCGAGGUACACCCAAAUCUUUCAUAUGGGAUGAACCAAAGCUCCACUUCAGCACAAGUGCAAGCUAUACCUGUGAGAACUAUUCAAGAAGACGGCUAUAUAGGAGAAUCUCUUCAACGUAAUGUGACCAAUAUUUCUAAGACCUCAUUCCCUCCAAAUCCUGAAACAUCUGGAAAUACUAAUUAUGUGGAAAUUAUUUCAAGCGACGAUGAAAUUGAAAAGGAACAAAACGGUUCUGCUGGUGCUUACCAAAAUACGAAUAUUACCACUGAAAAUAAUGGCACUGAAGAUCUUAAUGUCGAAGACGUGGCUCAUGAAAUUGAAAUGAGUCUUAGUGGGCAACUAAAUAACAGUAAUGACCCUGGUACCAUUCCAGAUGAUGAAAUACCAAUAGGGCAAUUUCAGGAUCCUAACGAGGUAAAUUCAGGUGGUGAUCUGGCUCAACCACUUUCCAACCCAAGAUCUCGGAGGGCACUUGAUGAUGAUUCGUCUGGUUCAGAUUUAACGCCAUUUGAAGAAUUACCACUCUCUGCUUUGAAUGGAUAUCGAGAAGCUAACAAUGAAAGUCUUGUUGGGAGCAUUGACUCAAACAACCCUUCAAGUCGACAGGAAAAGUUGCUUAAUUCAACUGAGACCUCAAAUAGAAAUCCUUCUCCAUCACCUCCUCCAUUCCCUGUACCACUGCUUGUUAGUCGUGUCAAUCAGAGUCACACAAAUUAUGGAGCUGCACAGAAACCAGUUGAUACUCUUAACAGGUAUCCAACUCCCCCACCUCCUGCAAUCCCUAAAAUUCCAGUGGAAACUCUUGGUACGCCUGUUACCAAUCAGGCCUUGAGUAUUCCUGCUAGAGAUUCCGUCCAUGAAACUUUGCCUCCUGUAGGACUUCCAAAUUCCGAAAAUAUUGAUCUAGCUCAAGGUACCACUGAUAAUAGCAUACUGGAACUCGAAGCUUCGAUCACUCCUGUGGCCGCUUCAGUAACUGCAAACAUACCUUCUAUUCCCUAUCUCCACGACAAUCCUGCUACGGUUCCUUCCAUUUCUGAGGGCCACUUAACAUCGAACGAAUCGCAGUCGGAGAAGAUACUAGAAAAUGAACAAAGUAGUGUUAUUUCCUCGGCAGCACUUCUGGACAAACAACCUGUGGAUAGAUUGAGAAUAGAAGCUGAAAGAAGGAGAAAGGAAAAUGAGGAUAGGAGAAGUUUAGCCAAUGAGCAUUACAGAGCACAGAAUUCAAUUCGAGAAAAGGUAAGAUCCCAUGUGAUGUCUUACAAUAACGCUAGCGAAAUUAAUGGGACAGAAGGUAAGACUUCUCCUUCUGACGUUAGUAUCCGCAUGGAAGAUGGAGAAGUGGGACCUCUUCAAAAUAAUACUUCCAAUAAUCCAGUACAACUGGAUAUAAGAGAUCUGGUUGCAAUACCUGUACCCACGGCCACUGCGACGGCUACUAGAGAUGAUAUUGUUGGUGUUUUAGGAAUUGCAUUCACUCCUACCUACCUCAAGGAUUCUUUCCUCGAAGGAAAUGGUUCAACAGCGUCGCCCACAAAUGUAAACAAUCAUGACUUAUAUGGUAGAAUUGGAGAUAUGUCACUCUCAAGUGGUAAAAAGAAAAGAACCAUACUGCCAGUCCCACGACUGUGGAACAAAAGAUUAAAUUCCACGUCGGCAGUUCAAACAGAAAUAAAUGACAUAGCUAAUGACGAAAAAAACAAAGACUAA